AUGGACAUGACGCCAAUCGAGGAGGACACAGCCGAAGUCGCACACGCAGUCGUAGUCCACAUCAUCAUAAGUACCCAAGAGACAAAUAUCACAACAAAUCUCCAAAGAGAAAUAUUUCCAAAGAAAGAAACAGACACGGUGCUGUGUAUGACGAUCGAAACGGAGAGCGAAAGCGUGGUGAUAAGUAUAAGCACGAGAAGGAACACAGCAGCAAGUGGUCCAUACAACAACACGUAUGAAUACCGAGAAGGUCGAGACGAAAGAAUGAAUAUGAGGAAAUAUUCCCCAGGUGGAGAGAGACAAAGAUAUGUAUACGAAAAUGAUUCAAAUCGAAUGGGAAAUAAUAUUGGAAUGAUGAGAAGAGAAAGACCAAGAGAGAUGAGAAAUUAUUUUUACAAAAAAGCAGACCCAUGUAAAAUAUUCGUAGGAAAUAUAUCUCCUGAUGCUAGAGAAGAAGAUGUAAGAAGAAAAUUUUUAAAAUAUGGAGAUAUUGUAAAUAUGCAGUGGAAAACGAGAUUUGCAUUUAUAGAGUAUGAGAAAAUAUCUCAUGCAGAGAUUGCAAUAAAGGAAGAAAAUGGACAGUUUUUUUUUGGAGAAGAAUUAAAUGUUCAACCUCAUCAUGCAGGUAACUAUUUUCAUAACCGAAAUGACAAUCGAGGUUUUUAUCCUCCUCCAUACGCAAGGAAUUAUUCCCCUAAUCGAAAUGAAAAUAGAGAGAAAAAAAAUGCCUUACGAAUUGUAGUAAAAAAUGUGGACGAAAAAGCUAGCUGGCAAGAUCUAAAAGAUUUCGGAAGAGAUGUAGGAUCAGUUAAUUAUGCUAAUAUUAUUCAGGAUGAUAAUAAAGAAAGGUUUGGUAUAAUAGAGUAUUACAAUUAUGAGAAUGUAAAAAAAGCAGUGGAAGUAUUAAACGGUCGUAAGUUUAAUGGUAUCUCUGUAGAGGUAAUGAAAUUUGUUGAUUCUCCUCUCAACUUGAAAUUCAAAAAUCGAGGUGAGGAUAGAAGAGAUCCAAAUUUUCAUCACAACACUUCGGGUGACAAGGAUAGGACGUACCAUCGAGAUGGGUAUGAGGCGGACAGGGAUGGCUACAGGAGGGAGCGUUUUUUUGAAAGACCGCAUGAUAGGCAUGACAGGAAUGACAGGAAUGACAGGCAUGACAGGAAUGACAAGCAUGACAGGCAUGACAAACAUGACAGACAUGACAGAUAUGAGAGGAACCACGAUAAGGACCAGGGGAAGACCCACGACAGGAACAAAUUUGGGAGAGACGAAAAGGAGGACGGGCAACAUGACAAGUCGGACAAGGACCACCGAAGGGGAAGUAUGAACAACGAUCAGAGAAGAGGCAGCUCACAGGAUAAGGAAAGAGCCGAUGGGGUGGACGCAGGAAAUAGGGAAGGCAGAGAGGACGGUAACGAUGUGGAUAGGCAGAGUCAGUUAAGUGGCAGAGGAGGGAACAGCAGGGCUAAGGAGGAGAAUUUGGGCGAGACGGAUAGGUUGUCAGGGAAAAGCGCCAGUAGUGGUAGAAGUGGCAGAAGUGGUAGAAGUGGCAGAAGUGGUAGAAGUGGAAGAAGUGGAAGAAGUGGUAGAAGCGGUAGAAGCCGUAGAAGUGACCGAAGCGGUAGCAUCGUGAAGGACAAAUACAAGAACGGAGGGGAGGGGACUACAUCCGACAUGAAACAAGGAAGGAACAACAAAAAUGGCAGAAGUGAAAGUGUAGAUAAUGUAGGAGAUGACCAGAGAAGCACUAUGAAAGGAAAAGACAAGGGGGAUGAAUACUCUGUGGAUAAGGAAAGAGAGGAGGCAAUUAAAAACGAUAGAGAGCUGAGCACACGAGGAGACGAUGAAGAAGAAAAUAUGUACAAGAGCGAUGAGGAAGGAAGUAUUGUUGGUUCUACGAAUGUGAGAGAUAAGAUCGAACAUAGUGCAGAUGGUGGCUUGAAGGAUGGUGAGGGAGACCGUUAUGAUGGGAGCCGAAGCAGGAGCAGAAGUGUGAGUGUGAAAGCGAAGCAGCAGUCGAAUAGGAGAAACACGAAAGGGAGACGAAGGGGAAGAAGGGCAUCCGAUGAUUCUUCCUCCAGGAGAGACCUACAAGAUAGUUAUUACGACGACAGUGUGAACAACGACAAAUGGGCAGCCUCGAAGAAGGUGUGCGUAAACAAGGGAAAUUCUACUGAGAGUGGUUCGUAG